GGAAGCGGCGUUUUGAGCCUCUGCGAAGCUCGGGGCUCAGCGCGUCUGAUUCGCCCGUGCGGAGAAGCGACUCCCCCCGUUCCAGCGUUGGUCGCCAAUCUCCACUUAUACGGGCGCAUCUCAGCGGGUGCGUUCGUACCGAACGGUAGAGCGGAGUUCUUUGGGAGACAAGAAUCCGGCAAAGCAGCGGAAUCAGUCAAGGACAGGGGCAGGCGCUUGCUGUUUCAGUUGUAUGUGGCCGUCGGCCUUAGAGGACCUCUUGCCUGUUCUGAAGAACCGCGACGCCCGUCAGUGCUUGCAGGGGAUUCACGAGGUUGCCUUUCCUUCCAGGCCAAUGUGGCGUCUCUGGCGGGUCUCUCCCGGGGCAAGAGAGUAGCUCUCACUGCUCUGGGUGUUCUGACGGUCGGUGGGGCAGGCCUGGCCUGGGCCCUUCACAAGGCUGUGAAUGCCUCUGAAUUGGAGCUUCAUCCACCCAGUUACCCUUGGAGCCACGGUGGCUUCCUGACCGCUUUGGAUCACAGCAGUGUCCGGCGUGGCUAUCAGGUGUACAAGCAGGUGUGCUCAGCUUGCCACACCAUGGAGUACAUGUGCUUUCGCAAUCUUGUGGGAGCUACCCACACCGAAGCUGAAGCCAAGGCCCUGGCUGAGGAGGUGGAGGUGCAGGACGGACCCAAUGAAAACGGCGAGAUGUUUAUGCGGCCUGGCAAGCUUUUUGAUCGCUUCCCCAGCCCUUACCCCAACUCUGAAGCAGCGCGGGCAGCAAACAAUGGGGCAUUGCCUCCUGACCUCACCCUCAUUCUCAAAGCCAGGCAUGGAGGCGAGGACUACGUCUUCUCCCUUCUCACUGGCUACUGUGAUCCCCCCGCUGGUGUGCCUGUGCGAGAGGGGCUUUAUUACAACCCCUACUUUUCUGGACAAGCAAUAGCCAUGGCCCCUCCAAUCUACAAUGAUAUUGUGGAGUACGAUGAUGGCACACCUGCCACCAUGUCGCAGAUUGCCAAAGACGUCUGCACUUUCUUACGAUGGGCAGGAGAACCAGAAUUUGACGACCGCAAGCGGAUAGGCCUCAAGGCAGUGCUGAUUGGAGCCAUGAUAUUACCCUUCGUGUACUACUUGACAAAGCACAGGUUUUCGGUUGCACUGAGCAGGAAAAUGUUCUACCAGCGUCGUGACUGACCUCUGGAUGAGACAGACCUCUCUCAGAUGCCAGAGCAUCGAUAGUACUUCCUCCUCCGUGCAGAUGGGCAGGGGAUGGGUGCUGCUGAGUGCGCUGGUUGCUAUUUAAUGUCUCUCACCAUUCAUCCAGUCACUUUCAGAGCCUUGGGAAGAGGACCCUGGGAUAAGGGGUGGCAGGCACCCAAUAAAUGUGCUUCUUCAACCAGAAA